GUUUUCAAGCCUAGGGGAGGCUGACCGUGAUUUUUCCCUCUCCGAGCCCAGGCUCUGCUCUCUGGGGGGGUGGGGGGCGCGCCGAGCCGGGGAGCCGUGCCAGCCGAGUCGUGCGGGCUGUGGCAGGGAAGGGGCCACCAUGGGAUGUACUCUGAGCGCAGAGGAGAGAGCCGCCCUGGAACGGAGCAAGGCGAUUGAGAAGAACCUCAAAGAGGAUGGCAUCAGCGCCGCCAAAGACGUGAAAUUACUCCUGCUCGGGGCUGGAGAAUCAGGAAAAAGCACCAUUGUGAAGCAGAUGAAGAUCAUCCACGAGGACGGCUUCUCCGGGGAAGAUGUGAAGCAGUACAAGCCCGUGGUCUACAGCAACACCAUCCAGUCCCUGGCCGCCAUCGUCCGGGCCAUGGACACUCUGGGCAUCGAGUAUGGGGACAAGGAGAGGAAGGCGGACGCCAAGAUGGUGUGUGACGUGGUGAGCCGGAUGGAGGACACGGAGCCCUUCUCCCCCGAGCUGCUGUCGGCCAUGGUGCGGCUCUGGGGGGACUCGGGCAUCCAGGAGUGCUUCAGCCGCUCCCGGGAGUAUCAGCUCAACGACUCUGCCAAAUACUACCUGGACAGCCUGGACCGGAUUGGGGCAGCCGACUACCAGCCCACUGAGCAGGACAUCCUCCGGACCCGGGUCAAGACCACGGGCAUCGUCGAGACCCACUUCACCUUCAAGAACCUUCACUUCAGGCUGUUUGACGUUGGGGGCCAAAGGUCUGAGCGGAAGAAAUGGAUCCACUGCUUCGAGGACGUCACGGCCAUCAUCUUCUGCGUCGCCCUCAGUGGCUAUGACCAGGUGCUCCAUGAAGACGAGACCACGAACCGCAUGCACGAGUCCCUCAUGCUCUUCGACUCCAUCUGUAACAACAAGUUCUUCAUCGAUACCUCCAUCAUUCUCUUCCUCAACAAGAAAGAUCUCUUUGGGGAGAAGAUCAAGAAGUCUCCUUUGACCAUCUGCUUUCCCGAGUACACAGGUCCCAAUACCUAUGAAGAUGCAGCCGCCUACAUCCAAGCACAAUUCGAAAGCAAAAACCGCUCACCCAACAAAGAAAUCUAUUGUCACAUGACUUGUGCCACAGACACGAAUAAUAUCCAGGUGGUAUUCGACGCCGUCACCGACAUCAUCAUUGCCAACAACCUCCGGGGCUGUGGCUUAUACUGACCUCUUGUCUGGUUAGCAACCCUCUUGGGUAAUGGUUCCAGCACUCACAGAAAAGCUUGCACACACACACACACACACACACACACACAAGCCACUAACAAAUGCAAGUUGGUAAAUAACAAAAUCUUAUCUAUAUACAAAUAUAUAUUAAAAAAAUUCUUUUUAGUUUGUACUAGAAAGAGCUUUGGACAGAACUGACCACCAUCCCAUAAAACCCUCCCCAUGUUCCAACCGUGAGUGCGUGCACGCACGCACAUAUGCACGCACGCAUGCACACACGGUGAUGGGACCCCAUUCUUUUAAGAACAGCCACGUGAUUCUACGCUGAGACCCGUUUGGCGAGCAGGUGGGAGAGGGCGGAGAAAGGCCAACCGUCCACACUUUCUCUCCUUCCCCCACCGAGACCCUGUGCGUUCAGUUCUGUCCUGCUCUGGUGAAAAUCCCCAGCCCCUGUCAGAAGUGGCCAACGCCCUCCACGUCUCCCCAUCCGAGCCCCUGACCGCCACAAAAUAAUCAGGACUCUUCUCUUUGGGGGUGGCGGUUGGUUGUUCAAGAAUUUAGAAGAAUCAUUGUUCUCACCAA